AUGACUACACCAACCACAACCACUACUACUCUAUUUAAAUGUAUAUUCAGAUCGAUAUAUAUUAGACAAUUGAUAUUCAAUCAUACAACAACAAAAAGAACAUCAUUAAAAGGUAGAGAUAUCAUCAAACUGCCUCUACUUGGAAUGAUAUCGAUCUAUGCAAUGCCUUGGCACUUUGUUAAACACUAUCUACCAAAAGAUAGAAAUCAAAUACUACCAGAAAGAAGAAGAAGAGUGAUAACUGAAUACUGUUGUCAUUCCAAGGCAACAUUGGAUACAUUCAAUCAUCUAUUGAAAUGGUCGAACGUUGAAUUUGAUUGGGAGUAUUUAAAAAGAGAUGGUUAUUGUUUAACUGUUAGAGAUGAAAAGAUAUUGGAAUAUAUCGUCAAGAAAUGUCCUCUAAACAAUUACUAUUUCGAUUGGGCAAUGGAACAAGCGUGCAAAUACGGUCAUCUAUCAAUUGUCAAAUUGAUUUGCUCGAGUUUCAAAGGUUUACAACUACAACCUUUUCAAAUCAAAAAGAUAGCAAUGUAUACAGCUUGUAGUAAAGGAUUCACUGAUAUCGUAAAGUAUUUACUAGAAAAUAGAACUGAACAAUGGGGUGAUGCUGCCAUAGAUAGAGCAGCAACCAAUAACCAUUUAGAUAUUGUAAAGCUUCUUCAUUUUCAUAAAAGUAGAGCUAUAGGAUGUACAAAGAAUGCUAUUAAUUUUGCAUCGGAGCAUGGCCAUUUAGAGGUUGUUAAAUUCUUAUUUGAACAUCGAACUGAAAGAUGCAAUAGUUAUGCCAUUGAUGAAGCGGCUAAAAAUGGCUACAUUGAAAUGGUAAAGUAUCUUCAUGAGCUUGGUGUACGUACGACAAACUAUGCUAUGGAUAGUGCCUGUCAUCAAGGAAAUCUUGAAAUUGUAAAGUUCCUCCAUUUCAAUUGUAAAGGAGGUGCAACAAAGAAUGCUAUGGAUUGGGCAUCAAUGAAUGGUCACAUUGAUAUUGUAAGGUUCCUUUCAGAGCACAGAACAGAAGGUUCGACAAAUAAUGCUAUGGAUUGGGCAGCUGAAAAUGGAAACAUUGAAAUGGUAAAAUACCUUCAUCAACAUCGUAGUGAAGGUGCAACUACCUAUGCUAUGGAUUUAGCAGCUAAAAAUGGUCAUAUUGAAAUUGUACAGUUCCUUUCGGAGCAUCGUACUGAAGGGUGCUCACAAGAGGCUCUAAACUAUGCUGCCAGAAAUGGAGAUAUUGAGAUGCUUUCCUUCCUAGUGGAUACUGUCAAGAUAAAAUGCCAAUUAGAUACCUUAAAGGAAUCAUUAGAGAAUGGUCAUUUAGAUACCUUUCAUUUUAUUUACAACCAUAUUUCAAACAACAAAAAGAAUGAUAAAAUAUUGUGGACAACAGAGGUGAUGGAUUUAGCAGCUAAAAAUGGGCACAUUGAAAUAGUCAAGUUCCUUUCAGAGCACCGUACUGAAGGUGCAACAAACAGAGCCAUGGAUAUGGCAGCUGGAAACGGACAUUUUGAAGUGGUAAAAUACCUUCAUUUCAACAGGACUGAAGGGGCAACUACGUAUGCUAUGGAUUAUGCAGCUCAAAAUGGUCACAUUGAAGUUUUUAAAUUCCUUCAUGAGCACCGUACUGAAGGUACAACUGUCAUGGCUAUGAAUAGGACAGUACUCUUUACCAAAUUUUUACCAUUUAAUGAAAAUCAAGAAUGUACAGACAGAGAAGAACUUGCAUCUUUUCUAAUCAAUGCCAGAAAAGAGAAAUGUGAUGAAGGCUUUUUACUAAAUAUAACAACUUGUGGAUACUAUGGAAUUGUCAAGUUGGCUCUACCACAUUUUGUCGGUCCCAAGGGAAUAGUAUCAAUCCAAAGGGUAUUGGAAACAAAUACCAGCGACCAUUUUGAAGUCAGAGAAUUACUCAAAAUCCAUUUAAAAGAGUUAAACAAAAAACAAUUUAUUGGCUUUUUUCAAAGGAUAUUCGGAUUGGAAACUAAAGAUUAA